GGUUUAAUGGAGAACUUGUGCAUUUUAAAGUUCCUGAUGAAGGCCACAUAAGGAGCGCUCUUUGAUUUCUCUUUCCUCACCAUGGAAGCAUCCGGCGGGUCCAGUUUUGGAAUAGACACUAUUUUGUCCAACACACCCAGCUGUGGAAGCCCGGUUCUCAUGAACGGGGAUUUUCGUCUAGGGGACGGCCGGGCCGUGGAUUUCAGGAGCCAGGCCACCCCAUCGCCAUGCUCGGAGAUAGACACCGUGGGAACGGCGCCGUCCUCCCCCAUCUCGGUCACCAUGGAGCACGCAGAAGCCCACCUGCUCCAGGACGGCCUCCAGCAGCAGCAGCAGCAGCAGCAGCAUCAGCAGCAUCAGCAGCAGCAUCACCCGCUCCACGGCCAGCAGCAGCAGCAACAGCAGCAGCAACAGCCCCCCCAGCAGCUCGGAGCAGCCGCCUCUGCCCCCAGGACUGCCACCUCGUCCUUCCUCAUCAAAGACAUCCUGGGCGACGGCAAACCGCUGGCCGCGUGCGCGCCCUACAGCACGAGCGUGCCCUCGCCGCACCACGCGCCGAAGCUGGAGAGCGUCUCGGCCGAGGGGUUCAGACCGAAACUGGAGCAGGAUGACAAGAGCAAACUGGACACGAGAGAGGACAUCCACGGCGACAUGAAGUGCAACGGGACUAAAGAGGAGGGCGACCGGGAGAUCUCGAGCAGCAGGGAGAGCCCCCCGAUUCGGUCCAAGAAGCCCCGCAAAGCGCGGACGGCCUUCUCGGACAACCAGCUGAACCAGCUGGAGCGCAGCUUCGAGCGCCAGAAGUACCUGAGCGUGCAGGACAGGAUGGACCUGGCGGCCGCCCUCAACCUCACCGACACGCAGGUCAAGACCUGGUACCAGAACCGACGGACCAAGUGGAAGAGACAGACCGCUGUCGGAUUAGAGUUGCUCGCCGAAGCUGGGAAUUACUCUGCUUUACAGAGAAUGUUCCCGUCGCCCUAUUUCUACCACCCGAGUCUCUUGGGCACCGUGGACUCCACGACCGCCGCCGCCGCCGCCGCCGCCAUGUACAGCAGUAUGUACCGGACUCCCCCCGCGCCGCACCCGGGUCUUCAGAGACCCCUCGUGCCCAGGGUGCUCAUCCACGGCCUGGGGUCCGGGGGGCAGCCGGCUCUGAACCCGCUGGGCAGCCCCCUCCCCGGGACAGCGCACCCCCGGUAAACACACCCCACAGACAGACCAAACCUCCAGUUCUCAUGUGGACAGCUGGACAGGACUGAAAGAAAGGACAAAAAAAGAACAACAACAAAAACAAAAACGAAAA